CUCUCUCUCUCUCCUCUCUUCUCCUCUCCACCUCCUCUCUCUCUCUCUCUCUCUCCCUUGUAUAGCCUACGCACACAGGAGAAAGGAAUCAAAACACAGACGACCGCGACAUCACUCUCUCUCUCUAUCUCUCUCUCUAUCAUGUCGGAAAAAGGUCAACCAUUACCAAAAUUUGGUGACUGGGACGUUAAUGACCCAACUUCAGCUGAUGGGUUCACAAUGAUCUUCAACAAAGCUAGGGAUGAAAAAAAGACGGGGGGCAAGCCUGACUCACCUGCAAAAGAGGACUCCGCAUUUAAGCAUGGAGCAGAUCUUGGAAAGCCUCAGUCUAAAAAAUGGUUUUGCUGCAUGCAAUCAACCUAUGCUGAGUCCUGAGGCUGCUUGCACCUGGUAGCGAGCUCUUAACAGGAAGCAUUAUUCGGGUCUGCUCCUGGCUCAACAUAUUUUCCAGAGGACUGGAGCUAUAGUCUGAAGCUGUGAUGGGUCUUGCUGGAAUCUGUUUGGUGUGAUUUUGAACUUGAUGACAAUGUGAGCUUUAUGAAGAGUAUUAUGAAAAAAUAUAUAUAUCUUUUGUUGUAUGUAUACUGCUGUGUGUUGUUGGUUGUACUCUGUUACUCUCUUCUGUUAAAUCUUUUACUAUGACCUGCAGCUUGUUUAUCACAUUCUAUUUUCUGUGA